GAAAUCAUAAUACUGGCUCCAACCCAACUUCUUUUAGAGACUAUUUUCUCCUCCAAACCUUUUUCCUCUCCACUUCUGAGCGACUUCAGAAGAGUCGAGCUGGAGGCCGUCGGGGAGUACAUUUUUAGGGAUCGUAUCCUCGAGGAUUCUGCCUAUUCUUCCCCAUCCGCUUUUGGCUCUUCCCAACCUUCUGCUUUCAGGCUUCCUCAUCUAUUAGCUUUGCCAUUUGGGGGCUAUCAGUUUGAUACUAACCGACUUUACCAGCACUUUCCUUUUAUUUUUAAUCUGCCGGCAGAUGUUAAGCAGCUACUACUUACCGUCUUCAAAUUGGUGGAAUGCAAACAAACAAUUCCAAAAGACUUGGUGUGA